CGUCUACCAACAAGAUCUCAAGAAUGUCCAGGAAAAUGAGACAAGUAUUAUUUUUGGUUCUGAUGUGCUUGCAACUACAGUUAAAAGUAUCCUCUGCACCUAUUUGUGUCCAUGGACAUACAGGAUGCCACUAUCUUUCUGUGUCGGACCUUUUCGAUAGAGUCAUCCAGCAUUCAAGCAGAAUGCACAGUCUUUCCAGUGAUCUCCAUUCAGAAUUUGAGAAAUACUUUCUCCCAAGCAGAAACCAAGUUGGCAGAGAAAAUCGCAAGUGCCACACAUCUAUGAUUUUAACUCCUAAUGGCAAAGAGAAUGCACAGAGGCUGGCAAGGGAAGAAUUGACUCAGGUGAUCCUGAAGCUCCUGGUUGCCUGGAUAGAUCCUCUGUCACAGUUUCAUCAGAGCAUAGCUCGCAAUGAGGAUUUCACAAACUUUAGUAGCAAUAAGGCUUUGGAAAUGAGCGACAUGUUGCAUGAAUUAAAGAAUGGGGUGGAGAAGGUGGCAGAAAAGCUGCAGCUACUUGGAAUAAUCAGCAACUCAAUAAGUGGGCUGUCCUCUGCUGAUGCGCUCUUACCUUCCUCUGCCAGCAAUGAUGCAAGGCCAAUGAGUGAUUAUGAAAUACUCCACUGUUUCAGGAGGGACUCCAAUAAAGUCCAGAACUACUUGAAAAUUCUUAAGUGUAGGAUUGUUCCUGAACAUGGAUGUUAAUUUAAUUAUGUUCCGGUAAUUAAAUGAAGCUGAUAUCUGAUUCACCGCUGGCGGUUAAGGUCAUGUUUGAAUUGGGUAAAGAGACUUCCGUGGCAUCUUCUUUAGUAAUAUGGGAAUAUUGUCUGCAUCUUAACUGAAUUUCCGUCUU